GCAAACUUAUAUAAACGCGAGUUUCAAUUUCAAAAAAGGAUAUUAUUAUAGCAGUCGUGAAGAGUAACACGUCAAAAUUAAGCUAAAAACAAUGUCUAAAGUUACCAUCAUAAGUUUCAUCGUUGUAGCAAUUUGUUUAAACCUCCAAAUAGUAACAGCCGGAUUAUUCAAUAAUCCACUUCUUGACAAUCCUCUUCUGAAGAAUGCGAAAGACAUAACAAAUUCACUUAAAAAUAUAGCAGAAAAAGGACAAAAUGCUGUAGAACAUAUUGGAAAUAAUGCGCUUGACAUUGGUAAAAACCUUAUUCCUGGUUUGCCCGGAAGAAAUAAUGGACACUCAGAUAAGAACAAUCGCAACAGUACAGCAUGCAAUAAUCUAUACGACGAGAUAUUUACGACAUUGUCCGAAAUGGCAGCGGCAUUCUAUUCUUGCGUACUGAAUUCAACGGAAUCGGUCAGAUCGGACCUUCAAGAUUUGGCUAACUCGGCAAAAAAGCUGCAAAAUGAUCUAGUAAGAGAGUUUCGUAAUGCGUCCAAAUGCUUCCAAAAUCCCACCAACCUAAUUCCGUGCAUCACUAAGGAAGGGAAGAACAUGGGUGAUCUACUACCCGCUUUUGAACAACUUCUCACCUCGUUCUACGACAUUCUCAAGACCAUCCCGGAUUUGAAACGAUGUUAUGUGACAUCUCAUUUCCAAAAAGCUGAACACAAUUUCAACGAUAUCUUGCAAAAACUCAUACCAUGCUUUGAAAGUAUAUUCUAAUAUAUAUAUACAUAAUUUAUAUUCUCAAAUAAAAAAAUGGAUAAAUAUAAUAAUUUAAGCGUUCUUCAAACUGCUUAGAAGUCAGAAUUGAGUUUAAAAAACUAAGUGAACAUCAGUUUUUGCAAGUAAACAUUAAUAUAAAAAUUGCAAAUGAUUACAUAAAUCUAAAGGGGUAAAUAAGGGUAAAAAUAAAAAAUUGAACAGCAAAGUGUAUUAUUUAUAGAAUAAAAUGAGUUAGAGAUUCU